AUGACCACCCCAUUGCCGACAUGCCCCAUGCCAGACGAUCCAGCUGAGCUCGAAGACGUUUUAGGAUUUGGCCUCGACCUUAAUAGUCAUGCGCUCUACAGGAUCAGAAGACCCUCGACGCUCUUCAAGUUGAUUUCGUCCAAGUAAGUUGUAUCUAGUUCGAGACCAGUGAUGUUUACUUUUGCUCAAACCUCCCGAUUGAAAAUUGAGCGUCAAAAGUUCUGAUGUUUCGAUUAAAGAAAUAGCAGUUGAUUUGACUACACUUUGUAGCUGAUUAGAAUUAACAAACAGGCUAAAUCGAGAACCGAUUUUUUUCGGAAAGUUUUUCGGACGAAAAAUUCGAUUUUCCGAUUUCAAUUUCCGGUUUUCCCUCGCAAACUCAAGACUCUAUCACAUGUUUAAUUUCACAUGUUUAAAGUACCUCUAUUGAUUUCUAAUUGUACUGUGCACUAGUACGCAUGUCCCUAUAACAUUAAGGCUUUUCCUUUGAGAAUCAUUGGGUGGUUCUUCCAUAAAAAGGACUGCGACCCUGCUAAUUUUCAUGACAAGUACUUGAAGAGAGUUUCACUUUCCAUCAUAUAUAACUACCAACUGUAGGUAAACUGACAUUAAGCUUGUCCUGCUUUGACAAGAAUUAUCACAGGGGAUCCUUACAAACUGUGUGGCCGUUACUAUAUUCAAAGUUGAUAAGAAAUGUGUGACGGGAAUGUCGAUAGGCUAACAAUAUUCGAGGGAAAAACGAAUGUAACUACGAUGAGUAAACUGAGGAAGGAAAACCAAGCUCGAGCCUUACGUACUGAAGAAUUAUCAAAAUUUAAAAUAGUUCGCAAUUCCUUUCAUAUAUUUCGACCUGGCCUGCCUAGAUUAAAAACUUCUACAUGCGGGCCAGAAAAUUAUAAGACGUCUUACGUUGUACAAUUAUAAUCGACGAUUAUAAUUGUACAACGUAAGACCGCAUAACUCGCCAACAUUUUCCGAUUGUGUUCUAAGGAACGGCAGAAGCCAACGAAUUAUUUGAUUAUGUUAGUCAACAUUUAUUCCAGGCUGUUCCCGCCACCGCACAGCUAAUACCAAUGUAGUUCUCUAGCCUCAAAACAAACGUGUUAUCCGUCUCAUUUUACUUAGUUUAUUUGUGGACUUGAGGUAGAGGAAAAAUUCCAACUGAGGGCUCAAACCGGGAUAUCGAGGCGUCUGUAAGAAGGGCUCUCCGCUUAAUAGAUCGUCUGUUUGGAGAGCUUCAACUAAUACUCCAAAAAAAUGAACGAUCGAAGAAAAUGGCUGAAAGAACGUCGUGGCAUAGACAAACAGCACGAAGGUAACUCUUUACGCAACUGAUUACUCGUAUGAUCAAGGUAACGAGCUACUGGGCAUGCGCAUGCCAAAAGACCGCGAACCUCUGGCGCUGAGGAUGUUCUUAGUUUAACUCGUUUAAAUUGCAUUUAAAUGCAUUAAAUUCGAUUGUACGUGUUCAUUUGCUAAUUUUUGCAGGACAGAAUUGAAAUUCAGUUUCCGUGCCUCCAACCCAAAUGGCAUCAUGUUAUACACCGCCAAUGAACCAUCGCAGACUGACUUCUUAGAAUGUCAUUUAGAAGGGAGUAAAGUCGCCUGUAGCUUCAGUGCGGGAAGAGGCACCUUGAAGCUUAUUACCCCGGCCGCGACCUACAGCGAUGGAAAGUGGCACACGGUAUGUACUACAAUACGUACCACAACACAUCAUGGAUCAGUUGAGGUUUCUGGGUAACUGACCACCUACCCCUCCCCUAACCUAACAUUAGCACUUAACGUUUCAUGUAUGGAAAAUCCAAUUCAAGUUUGUCCCCCUCCCGUCUGGACAGUGCUGGGUGUUAGAAGUGAAUACCUUUUAUAUAUAUCUUGCACAGGUUUUGCACCUCAACUUUGAUCGGAUGUGGGGUGCGAGAGGAACCUUAGUAAGGCCCUGCUUAUGAGUGUGUAUUGGUGGUUAACAUGUGUGUAUGUGUGUAUUGGUGGCCCUUAGGUGGUUAACAUCAGACAGGUAGGCUGUAGACGUGGGGUCCAUUUUCGGGGUCAGGGGCUCGAUGUAAUCAAGAUAAGAGUUACACGAUCGUGCAAUAUUGCGGUUUGUUGCAGCAGCUUGAAGACAUGACAGUUGUGCUGAGUAUAGCGGAUCUACUGAGCAGGAGAAAAGACUUCGCGAGGAGAUGCGCUUGAAACACAAUUUUACAAACUUGAUUCCAAGACUAUCCUUUCACGUGACUUUCACGUGCGCAUUCUGUCUCUCUUUCUUUGUGCGCGUGCAUUUUUUUUGGCCUCGCCGAAACGGCGGAAUUUAUUUUUUAAUCAACAGCGUUUAAUUCGCUAUUUUUCUUCUCUGAACAAAGAAGGGUUACACAGGAAGUCCGCUGUUUGUCCUGUUCUUCGUUUAUCAUGUGUUACAAUACAGUCAAACAGCUCUUUCUGUUGACACCUCUUUAUAACAAACAGUUCUUCUGUAAGGACACUUACGUCACAAACAAUGUCCGCAUUAUACAGCUAUCAUCAUUAUAUAAGUGUUCGAAUUAUCGAGGUGUGCGCAUUAUAGAGGCAUCUUUCUCAUAGAGGUGCCCAUUUUACAACGGUGACCAUAUUAUUGAGGUGCCCACAUCAAAAGAGGUGUCUGUAUUCUAGAGGUAGGGCCGCAUGAAGAUUUUCAGCACUAAGAGAACUGUCCGUAAUCUGUAAGUGUCCGUAAGUAGAUAUGGGGUGCUUACCAUUUACACAAACCACCCGGGUGGAAAUCUUGUGCAUAAAUAUAAAACUAUCAAAUUUGACGUGGUGGUAGAACGACCCGUUACAAAGUAUAUCUAAAUCAGCUGAACAGGCUAAAAAUAGUAGAAAAACUGCGUCGCCCCAAAUCACAGCCCAUAAUUUCUGAUGCUUCCCAAACGGAGUGGCGGAACCAUUUGAUUUUCCAUGGUAAGUAACCAUGGACACCUAUAUAAUGGGGAAACUGGACUUUGUCCCUUUGUUGUUCUCAUUUAAGAGUUUUCUCUUUAUGUUCACUUGCUCAACAUUUCGUCUAGGUUGGCAGACAAGAGGGGUCGCACCGUAGCGACGUGCAACAGCGACAAAAUUGCGUGCCGCACACACACGGGGACGUCAGUUAUCUAGGACUUGUAACUGGGGCACAAUCCGUAAACAAGCGGGAAUAUUUUUGUUGUUUUAGUUUGCUAGUGCACCAACACAAAUAAUUUUGAGCCUUGUUUCUCAUUACCUCAGCCAUUGAUCUCGGCAAUGAGUGACAAGGCUCAGAAUUCAUAUGCACCUAUUCUAUUGGGCUCAUGAAGACCUUACAACAUUUUGCACCCUUGACACACCUCAUUGUCGCCAUUGUCACGUGUACAAAUUUGCUCUAAGUUCAGAAACUCUCUAUGGCCACAAAGAAAGUAAUCUCUUGUGAAUAUGGAUUAUUCAGUCAGUGACACAGGUGAUUUGAAAAAUGUCUGAUUUCUACCAACAAGAGUUAAACCUAUGGCCAACUCGUUACUAGUCCACCAUGCGCUACCUCUUGCGUUUCAUCAGCUCCUAAAUAGCGCUCUUUAUUUCUUAGGUGUGGCUUUCCAGGGAGAAAGUCGAUGGAACGCUCUAUGUAGAUGGCAUAGAAGUGGAUUCAGGCAAAGCGAGUGGCUCACCCACCUACAUAAACUCACUUGAGAGGCUCUUCUUAGGAGGGGUUCCCGAGGAAUUUGACGCCAAACGAGUUCCGGUCAGUAGAAUUGCAGUCUCUUUAUUCGAUACACCUUGUGGGUACUAAUCCGGUGGGCUGGGGUUGUACGUGAUCCCAAAUGAGUUCCGGAACUUCAUUGAUGUUCUAGACUGCGUGCAGUCUCUCUUUUUCUCCUGAUUUUCGUCUCGUGCCGUCCGUCACGCGCGUGAUCAUUUUCAUGUCUUGCGCGUUUCGCUAGACGGACUAAGAAAAAAAAGAGAGACUGCUUGUAGUUUAUUGAUGUUCCCACCAAUAACGUUGCCCCACCGUUCAAUAUAUAAGCACAACAUACCUAAUUUACAAUCCCUUGAUUCCCUAUGAAGAAUUGCUAGCCCUCAAAACGCCAGCUUUGCAUUCUUUUUAGGGUGGUAGAUUAACCUAAACAAUUCACUCCCCUAACCCCUUCUCCCUCCCAUCGCCACCCCCGCGCCCACCGCAGCACUGCAAUUCCUUAGAAACUAACCCCUCAAAUCACUUUAGGCUAGUUCAAAAAACAGUUUCCCAGGAUGCAUCAAGAACGUGACAGUGGAUGACCAGAAGAUCAAUACUCCAGUAACUAACCUGUAUAAGGCGCAGAACUGUUACCGCGACAGCCCUGAAUCAGGAGUCAGCUUUAAAAAUGGAGGAGGUUACCUCAAAGUCGGUGAGUUGACUUCAGCUUUUUGACGAGCUGCGAGGAUUUGCCUAAUUCCAUUGACACUGCGGAAAAGAAUGGUUUUAUGGGGUCAUGUUACGGCCACGUUGCUGUUUUAGGUCAGUUCCGUGGACAAGUCAUACAAAAAGAGAGGCGGAGAGGAAGAAGUGUAUUUCCAAGGAGGAUUAUAACCGGAAAAGAAAAAGCGUUUCAAAAUAAGCUAUAGCAGGGCUGAUCGAGAAACCUUUUGCUUUUACUGUUUUUAAAUUAAGCUUCAAAACGUCGUAAUCGAAUUCAGUUUAGUGAUCUUAACCAAAGGCGUUUUUGAGCGACGCAUGCCAACCGGAAAAGAGACCUUUUCUCUUUUAAUACGCCUGGAGGCUACCACAUUUGGAACGUUAAAUGUCUCUACUCUUUUAGAGACGAUUUGGCGGAAGGUUUGGGCAAGACUAUUGCCCAAAAGUCCGCUUCCGGUAGACGUUCGUCGCUUAACAACUUUUUUUUUAAGCUCACUUUUAAUACAUUUAGAGGAGGGCUUUUUUUAGGGUAGCGGGGGGAGGUUAUUAUCAAAUGUACUGUUUACUGGUAGUUGGACCUAUAACCUGGGGGGAGGGGCUUAUAAGUUUUGUCAGUUUUGGUACUUCGUUCCUUUUUUGUACCUGACGUGUUUGCGUUUUUUGCCAGCCGAUAAAUACUCAGUUGGACAAAGACAAGAAAUCUCGCUUGAAAUCAAGCUGACAUCCCACACUGGACUCCUGUUGUCGUCUUGGAAUGCAAAAGGAGACUACAUUGUCCUAGAGAUGUCCAAAGGAAAUGUAAGUAACGUUCUUGGUCGCUGUGAUGCCUUCAACUUGAACUGGUCCAAGUUAUGGUGUAAAGUUAACCCGUCAAAGGUCGGAUCAAUUAUACGUUUCUGGGAAACUGCCCACCUACCCCUCCCCUUACCUAACAUUAAUACUUACUUCACACUUAGGGCAAAAUGAUGACUUCGGGGAGGGGUAGUAGGGCAGUUUCUUGGAAUGUUCCAAGAGUGACCUAGCCUGUGUACAGACCUCCCCUCCUCUCAUUUUUCCUGAGGGGAGGGGGGUCUGUACACAGGUUAAGAGUGACCAACAUUAGUUUUUUCCUUUAGAUAUCAGUCCAUAAUCAAGAGAAAUGUUGAUCAGUAUUGAUAUAAUAAUAGGCCACUUCCGAGUUCCAAAAACCCUCACUUUCAAAAUGAGGCCAAGAGCACAACCUCGCUUGUGAAAAUGAGUUUAAUUUGCAUAAGAAUGAAAAAUCAUUUCCAUAUCAAAGGCUGUGCACUUAACCUCGUUUUGAUACAGAGGCCCGGGAAAACUCGGAAAUUGCCUAUCGCCAAAGGGGAAGUGCUUUCAUCUUUCAUCAAAUUUUCUUAACUUAACCCAUAAGAUCAAUUUGGUUAACUGAAUGUGUAUUUGGUUAUUGGGGCUUAAAGGGAUGAUAGUUGUGGUGUCGUUUGAUGCAUUUUUCUCGCACGUUAAGGUUCUACAAAACAACCAAUCGGUAGAGUAGCUACGAAAUUUCCGGCGUAAAACUCACACGCAGAGAAGGAAAGCGUGGAUGCUUUAAAGUCGUGCGUUAUAUAUGGGCCAUUUACACACUCUAGUUUGUUACUGAGUUUUCAGAAGUUCGCUCAGCUUGUGAAAGUCGAACAUUAGAGGGUUGCGUUGCCAAAUUAAGCGAUGAAUGUGAAGAAUUUAUGACAUUGUCACAGCUUCAAGACAAUUAUGUCUUCUAGGUGUCAUAAUUCAGAGACAAGAUGACUUUCGUUUCGCCUUGUAAAACAAUUUCUGCAAAUUGCCGUUAUUCGUUUCAUCAGCAAGCAGUGAAAAACAAUUAGAGGAUAGUAUUAAGUUUAUUGCUGCCAAAGAAAACGCUCAUAGAGAAAAGCAUCGUUUUGUAUAUCUUGUACCAUUGACGUCAUUCAGUUUACCCACAUACCGCAAACGUCUCCCAAUUUUGAACAACUAUAGGGGGUUAUGAUUGGUUAUGAAGAAUAAGCUGGGGGAUUUGAGCCUAUCAGAAUCUGAGAACUAUUUUGAAUGAAUAAUUAAGUGUUUUUAUUGAUGGUUUUAGAUCAUAUUCCGUGCAGAAAACGGUGGCGGCCAGCUGGUAGCGCAGCACAGUGUCAACGACCCUCUUCAAUUCUGUGAUGGGGAGUGGCAUAAGAUACAAGUGUGGAAAAGAAACAAUAUUGUGCAAAUACAAGUGGAUGAAAACCCUUCUUAUGAAAGCGUGCCACUCGGAGCCCAGACCAGUGCUGAUAUCUAUGAUCCACUGUAUGUCGGAGGACUGCCUGGUACAGUGAAAAAUCCUUUUAUCUUCCUAAAAAACAUAAAACUGUAAAUUUCUGAAAGUAAGCCCCUACUUUUGUAAGCUCCUCCAAAUAAAACCUGUAGUGUAGAACAUUCUUUACCACUGGGCAGCCGGGCCUCCUUUAAUUCAAAAAGUGGAACAAUGUAUUCCGUUUUCACUCUCUAUGAGACGGUCACCUCCCUAAAACGGAGGCCUAGUGUUGGUCCCUGCUGUUCUCCUGUCAUAUCCUCUGACUCUCUAUGAGGCAGACACCUCCCUAAAAUGGACACCUAGAGUUGGUCCCUUUGGUUUGUCAUUCAUUUUCAUUGAUUCUCUUAAAAAACCGACACCUCCUUAAAAUGGACACCUAGAGUUAGUCCCUGCUGUUUUUCAGUCAUUUUCUUUGACUCUCUAUGAGGCAGUCACCUCUCUGGAAUGGACACCUAGAGUUGGUCCCUUUCGUUUUUCAUUCAUUUUCAUUGAUUCUCUUUAAAGACCGACACCUGCUUAAAAUGGACACCUAGAAUUGGUCCCUUACGUUCUUCAGUCAUUUUCAUUGUCUCUGUAUAAGGCGGACACCUUCCUAAAAUGGUCACCUAGAUCUGGUCCUCAUUGUUCUUUCUUUUGCUUAUUUGUAAGCCAGACACCUCUUUAGGGUGGACUCUUGUUUCUAGUCCUAGCGUUGCAUGUACAGUUUCUUAUUUUUCAAGCAGUAUUGCCUAUUAAACGAUUGUAUUUUGUUUUGUAGUGGGCGAAGCUGCCAAGGGUGUUACAGUAACAGAAGGUUAUACAGGAUGUGUGCGUAACUUGAUUUCCAAGAAACCUGGCGGAGACCCUCAGACUCUGUACCUUGCUAAUCCGCUGAUGAUGGGUGGUAAUUUGUAUCUUGGUGGAUGUCCUUACAAGUGAUCAAAUUUUUCUUUAGAUAUCUGUCAAGAGAAAGAUAUAAGGGAUGUUUUGCACUUUCUAAGCAGCCUUAAUAGCAUUUUUAUUUUGUAGCUUAUAAGUAACGUAAUUUU